GUGAAUUUUAAGGGUAAUGAUUUUAAAUUUAAUGCUUUUGAAUAAAAUAUUUAACCUUUGAAGAAACAAGGGAAGGAAAUAUGAGCGUACGACCAAUGCUGGUUGCUAUCCAACUGUCCCUUCACCCCUCGCUCCAUCUUUUUUGACUGUUCGUCUAAAUCUCAAUUCAUUAACUCCCUUUUAUCCAAUUCAUUCCAUCUAAUCCCUAAACCCACAAAAUCUCUCCCUAAAUGCUUCUUCUUCUUCUUCUUCCUUUCUUCCCUCUGUAAUGGCGUCUCCUCUUCCUCUGUUUUGCUUCCCAGAAGCUGCAGGACAAUAGAAUCAAGUUUGUGGGGUCUCCUUCUUCCAUUCCCUUUCUUAGCUCAAGUUUCGAAUACCCUUUUCCUCAUUCUUUUCUGGGUCUUAACUUGUUUUCCACGCUUUCCUUUCUUCUUCAGGGAAUCAGAGCAUUUGGAGAACAUUCAAAACAGAGCUUCUUUCGUUCCUCUGUUCUUGUUUCAGGUUUUUUGUUGUUUGUUAUGUGUUUGUAGCAUUGAUUAUCAUCAAUGACUGGGAGCAUUUGAUUGUUUGCUGUCAUGCUAUCAAGUUCUUGCUUGAGUUUGUUAGAGUUAUCAUCUGUGGAUAUGUUGGAUUUUCCUCCUACACCGAGAAAUGUUCCACAGGCGAUGACUGCGUCGGGGAUACUAUCCAAUAAAUGUCGAGGGAGGACGAUAAUAGUGGCGAACUUCCUUCCUGUUCAUGCUAAAAAGGAUCCAGAUUCUGGGAGAUGGAACUUUAGCUUCGACGAAGAUUCGCUUUUGCUUCAGAUGAAAGAUGGAUUCUCAUCAGAUGUUGAUGUUGUUUAUGUUGGAUCAUUGAAGGUUGAUGUCAAUGUCCAAGAACAAGAAGAGAUUUCACAGAAACUACUGGAGGAAUUCAACUGUGUACCGACUUUCGUCCCGACGUCCCUUCAGAAACAGUUCUAUCAUGGAUUCUGUAAACAAAAUCUAUGGCCACUUUUCCAUUACAUGAUGCCGAUUUCACCUUAUCACGGAUCUCGCUUUGAUCGACCUCUUUGGUUAGCAUAUCUUUCAGCGAACAAAAGGUUUGCUGAUAAAGUUAUGGAGGUGAUCAAUUUGGAAGAAGAUAUGGUUUGGAUUCAUGACUAUCACCUUAUGGUUCUCCCUACUUUUUUGAGAAAACGUUACAGUCGAAUUAAGCUUGGAUUCUUCCUUCAUAGUCCGUUUCCCUCAUCAGAGAUCUUCCGAACUCUGCCUGUUAGAGACGAGAUUCUGAAAGCGUUACUUAACACGGACCUAAUCGGCUUCCAUACGUUCAGCUAUGCUCAUCACUUUCUAUCAUGUUGUAGUAGACUGCUCGGUUUGGAGUAUGAACCGAAACGUGGUUAUCUCACGCUUGACUAUUUCGGACGUACGAUAUACAUCAAGAUUUUGCCUGUUGGAGUUCAUAUGGGUCGACUCGAAUUCGCAUUAAAUCAUUCCCACACUUCAAUAAAAGCCAAGGAGAUCAAAGAAAACUUCAAAGGAAAGAAGGUUAUUCUUGGUGUUGAUGAUAUGGACAUAUUUAAAGGUAUUGGUCUGAAGUUAUUAGCUAUGGAAAAGCUGUUGAACCAGCAUCCAGAGUUACGGGGCAGUGUCGUUCUGGUGCAAAUUCUAAAUCCUGCACGGAGCAAUGGGAACGACGUCCUCGAAGCGAAAAUGGAAACUUACGAGAUAACCAAAAGGAUUAACAAGGUUUUCGGUUUUCGGGGAUAUGAACCUGUGAUCUUGAUUGAUCAUCCUAUUCCUUUUCAUGAGAAGAUUGCAUAUUAUGUAUUAGCUGAGUGCUGCAUUGUAAAUGCUCUCAGGGAUGGUAUGAACUUAGUUCCAUACGAGUACAUUGUUUGUCGACAGGGAACUUCUCAAAUCGACGAAGUUUUGGAUGUCUCCCCGGAUUCACCUCAUACCAGCACGAUUGUCGUGUCAGAAUUCAUAGGUUGUUCGCCAUCUCUAAGUGGUGCGGUUAGAGUAAACCCUUGGGAUUUUGAUGCUGUAGCUGAGGCACUUUACGAGGCUGUCGCAAUGCCUUCUUUAGAGAAGCAACUAAGGCACGAAAAACAUUACCGAUACAUUAGCUCUCAUGACGUUGCUUACUGGGCUCGCAGUUUCUCGCAAGAUUUAGAGCGAGCAUGUCAAGAUCACUACAGUAAACGAUGCUGGGGAAUUGGACUCGGUUUAGGAUUCAGAAUUCUGUCACUUUCACCAAGUUUCAGGAAGCUUUCCAUUGAACAUAUUGGCUCUGCAUAUCGGAGCGCUUCUAGGAGGGCAAUAUUUUUGGACUACGACGGGACUGUCGUUUCCCAAGCUUCGUUGGUCAAAUCCCCGACGCCCGAAGUCAUUUCUAUACUCAACGACCUUUGCAAGGAUUCAAAGAACAUUGUGUUCAUAGUUAGUGGGAGGGGGAAAGAUACUCUUAGUUCGUGGUUCGAUUCGUGUAAGAAUCUCGGUAUUGCCGCUGAACAUGGAUACUAUUUGAGGUGGAAGAGGGACUCUGAAUGGGAAGUUAGUACAUUAGCUGAAAACUUUGGCUGGAAAAGGAUUGCAGAACCUGUGAUGAAACUAUACACCGAGGCGACCGAUGGAUCGUCCAUAGAGCCCAAGGACAGUGCCUUAGUAUGGCAUCAUCGAGACGCCGAUCCAUGUUUUGGUUCAUGCCAGGCCAUGGAGCUCUUAGAUCACCUUGAAAAUGUUCUUGCUAACGAACCUGUAGUCGUCAAAAGAGGCCACCAGAUAGUCGAAGUGAAACCACAGGGUGUGACUAAAGGAUUAGUUGCUGAAAGAGUUCUUUCCACUAUGAUCACCUCUGAUAAGGCGCCCGACUUUGUGAUGUGCAUCGGAGACGAUCGAUCUGAUGAAGACAUGUUCGAAAGCAUAUCAUGUACAAGCUAUAGCUCAUCCCUUGCUGUUCCUCCAAAGAUAUUUGCCUGUACUGUGGGGCAAAAGCCUAGCAAAGCCAAAUACUAUUUAGACGAUACCACCGACGUCUUGACCGUACUUCAUAGCCUGGCCACCUCUACUAGCGGUAAACUGAGAUCAGGUUUCGAAGCUCAUGUUUUGUUCGAGGAUGAUGUUUGAUGUGGAAGGUUCGGUCUGUCGUUUCAAGAUGAGAAUGCUUGUUUCACUUGAUUUCCUUUCCUAGAGAUCCUCUAAGGAGUCGGGUUCGUGUCUUCCAUUUGAGAUUACCCGAUUCUUUACCGAUCACGGGUGGCAAUGGAUUCACAUUCAGGAGAUGCCUAGAGUAAGUUGGGUCGGUGGUGUAAACAACCGUUUCACGAAACUCGUUCUUCGCUUCUUCCGGUUUUGAGGGUAGCAGAACAAGAUCCAUUGGAGCCUAGGAUUGGUAUAAAGUUGUUUUUCUUCUCCUUCCUUUUUUGACAGAUAUAGUGAACAGGUUUCAGAUACCAACUACAAAUAGCCAUAGUUCUUACAAGAUGACCAUUCUUUUUAUAAAGUGUUUCUUCAUGUUCAUGUUCAUCUUCUUACUUUAGUUCAAUUAAGGAUUCGUUCUUCGUAUAAGAUAUUAGAACUCAUGUGUUCGGGUAUGAA